AUGGUGCCAGCCAUGCAGCUGCAUUCGACAGAAUACACGCCACAGAAGUGGGACUACUUUGUUCAACACUACGCCGACCAGGACCGCCAGGAACGAGACUCGAAGAUGGUUUGGAACACAACAGAUGGCGAGCUGUAUACUGGCAAGACUCCCCCAAGCGAUGCGACUCCCCUCGGCAUACUGUAUCCGCGAGCUGGUACGCUUGGAGGGUGUGCUGCCCAUAACGCCAUGAUUACGGUUUUACCUUUCGACAAGGACUGGGCUUACAUUCAGAAUCUGACUGGGGAUGACAGUCGGGCACCUGGUAAUAUGCGAGACUACUUCAUCAAGUUGGAGAAGAAUGAGUAUCUUCCCAGCAGUCUGGUUGGACAUGGUUUCGAUGAAUGGCUGCAUACAAGCUUGACGUCGUUGCUCCUGGUCAUCAAGGACGAAAAGCUUCUGUCGUUGAUCAUAUCGGCUGCUUCGGCUCUUGGAAAGAGUCUGCUCGUGAGUCUCCUCACCACCGUCACUGGUCUCGCUCAUGUUCUGACGGACGAUCUCAACUUUGUCGGUGCUUGGCGGGACUCUACCCAGAACGUCUAUCAAGUGCCUAUUGCAGUCGACAACGAGAGCUUGAAGCGGAGUGGUCCGCGAGACUUCAUUCUCGACAUGGCCAAUGCUGUCAACUCCGAUGGCUCACGCAAGUACCAUUUGGAUGUGCAGCUGAAUACGCUUGCCACGAAGAUCCGCUUCGAUACUACCGGCUCUACGCCUAAAGCUGUCGGCGUUGAGUACAUCGCAGGACAAAACCUCUACGCUGCUGAUCCCCGCUUUACCAGAGCCAGCGGAACGUCAGGAUAUGUUGCUGCUAGCAAGGAAGUGAUCGUGUCCGCGGGAGCUUUCAACACACCACAGCUACUCAAGCUUAGUGGCGUUGGACCAAGGGACGAACUUGAAAGCUUCGGUAUCGAUGUCGUGAAGGAGCUCCCAGGUGUUGGCACAAACCUCCAGGAUCGUCACGAGACCGGAGUCACCGGCAGGAACCCAGGAGAGUUUGCCAUUACAGAAGACUGCACCUUCGGCUACACUCUACCCAAUCCUUGCCUCGAGAGAUGGCAGAGUGGUCAGACCAAGUCCGACAAGGGCACAUAUGCCACAAACGGUAUCGCAGUAGGCAUCACCAAGAAGUCCACCACAGCAGCCGGCGAGGAUCCAGACCUCUUCAUCACUGGGGCUCCAGCAGCAUUCAAAGGCUACCACCCCAACUACGCUCGCAUAGGCCUGGAAGACGCCAACCACUGGACCUGGAUCAUCCUCAAAGCAAACGCUCGCAACACUGCCGGCACCAUCAAGCUCCGCAGCACAGACCCACGAGACACGCCCGAGAUCACGUUCAACUACUUCGACGAAGGCUCUGGCGAGUGGGAGAAGGAUCUGCAAGCUGUGUAUGAAGCCAUGGAAUGGUCUCGUCAGGCUUUUGAGGAUCUGGUUCCACUUGAUGCGAAGUUCACAGAGACGUGGCCGGGCCACGAAUGUUACUGGGGAGGAUUUGAGGCAAUUCAUCAAGGACGAGGCGUGGGGACAUCAUGCUUCGUGUCCGUGCCGAAUUGGCACGGAUGA